AUGCGUAAGACAGCAUUGAUCACGGGCAUCACCGGACAGGAUGGAUCCUACCUCGCGGAGUUUCUGUUGGAGAAGGGCUACUGUGUCCACGGCAUCAUCCGAAGAUCGUCAUCGUUUAACACAGCACGCAUCGAUCACAUCUUCGACAAGGUGAACCUGCACUAUGGCGACCUCGUCGACUCUAGCAACCUAGCCUCCAUCAUGGCCAAGGUCAAGCCUGAUGAAGUCUACAAUCUGGCAGCGCAGUCCCACGUCAAGGUCUCUUUCGAAGAGCCGGAGUACACGGCACAGGCUGAUGGCGUGGGAACUCUCCGGCUUCUGGAAGCAAUCCGCACAGUGGGCCUGGAGAAAACCACCAGGUUCUAUCAGGCAUCGACAUCGGAGCUUUACGGUAUGGUGCAGGAAGUGCCGCAGAGAGAGACCACUCCCUUCUACCCUCGCUCGCCCUAUGCCGUGGCGAAGCUCUACGCCUACUGGAUUGUGGUCAACUACCGCGAAGCAUACGAGAUGUUCGCUGUCAAUGGCAUCUUGUUCAAUCACGAAUCGCCUCGUCGAGGAGGCACUUUCGUGACCAAGAAAGUCACGGCCAACGUGGCGCAGGUCAUGGCAGGCACGCGCGACCGGAUACUGCUGGGAAACUUGGACUCCAAGCGUGACUGGGGCCAUGCCAAGGACUAUGUGCGCAUGAUGUGGAUGAUGCUGCAAGUGGAGAAGCCAGACGAUUUUGUCGUGGCCACCAACAAGCAGUACAGCGUGCGAGAUUUGGUCACUCUGUGCUUCGAGAUGGUGGGCAGACCGGUGAUUUGGCGCGGAACAGGCCUCGAGGAGGAAGGAGUGGACGAGAAGAGUGGCCAGGUGUUGGUCCAGGUCUCUCCGAAGUAUUUCCGACCAACCGAAGUGGAGACGCUCCUGGGCGAUCCGAAGAAAGCCAGCGAAAAGCUGGGAUGGAAGCCAGAAAUCUCCUUCAAGGAGCUGGUUCACGAAAUGCUUGACUACGACAUGACCCAGGCAGGCCUGACGCUGCCAGCGUCAGCAAGGGACAUCAUGAAGAGACAGGACAAGUACUGCUAA